GAAUGUUUUUUGGAGGGAGAAAGUGAAGUGUAUACCUUCCUUCUUUUGUUUGCUUUCUCAACAAAUUCCUACGUAGAGCUGCUAAUGGAAUUGUAACGACCUAACAACGACCAUGGCCGUUUCAUCUACAACCUGCACUCUGUUUUUGACAAUUUAGAAAGAUUGGGAAGGUUUACCUGGGGGAGAGAAAUGGCCCAACAAACUUGCUUUCUUCACAUUGGAGAUAUAACAUCACUGUACGCCGAGGGGAAUGUCAAUGGCUUUAUUAGCACUCUAGGCCUUAUAGAUGAUCGGUGUGUUGUACAGCCUAAUGCUGGUGAUCUUUCUAAUCCACCGAAGAAAUUUCGCGAUUGCUUGUUUAAGAUAUGCCCUAUGAAUAGGUAUUCUGCGCAAAAGCAGUUUUGGAAAGCUGCAAAGCCGACCACCUCUGCCACAGAUGCAGUAUUACUAAAGAAAUUGCAUCAUGCAGCAGAACUUGAAAARAAACAAAAUGAAACAGAGUACAAAAAGAUGCUUGGCAGCAUUGUGCAGUACGGAAGUGUUAUUCAGCUUCUUCAUGUUAAAAGCAACAAGUUCCUGACUGUGAACAAAAGACUGCCAGCUCUAAGAGAAAAGAAUGCCAUGAGAGUCACCCUGGACCCAAAUGGCAAUGAGGGCUCUUGGUUUUAUAUUUCACCUUUCUACAAGUUGAGGGCUGCAGGAGACAAUGUUGUUCUUGGUGACAUGGUUAUUUUAAAUCCAGUGAAUGCUGGUCAGCCUUUGCAUGCUAGUAACCUUGAACUUAUUGACAAUCCAGGCUGUAAGGAGGUUAACUGUGUUAAUUGCAAUACAAGUUGGAAAAUCUCUCUGUUUUUGUCUUAUGAAGAAAAUGAUGAAGAUAUUCUGAAGGGAGGUGAUGUUGUACGUCUCUUCCAUGCUGAGCAAGAAAAGUUCUUAACUGGYGACGACUACAAAAAGAAAUCUUAUGUCUUUCUUCGUACUACAGCUAGACAGACAGCAACAUCAGCCACUAGUUCCAAAGCUCUUUGGGAAGUGGAGGUUGUACAACAUGAUCCCUGCAGGGGUGGGGCUGGUCUGUGGAAUUCUCUUUUUCGAUUCAAGCAUCUAGCAACAGGAGAUUACUURGCAGCAGAGGUUGAUGAUGAUCCCACUAAAGAUACUCAGAGACUCAAAUUAAAAGCUUCAGGUCAAGUGUUUCAUCUUAUCCCAGUACCACAUGGCAAUGAAAUCGCUUCUAUAUUUGAACUGGACCCAACAACAUUAACAAGAUCUGAUGCUUUAGUUCCAAGAUGUUCUUACGUUCGCCURCGUCAUCUGUGUUCAAACACUUGGGUUCAUUCAACGUCAAUCCCCAUAGACAAGGGAGAAGAAAGACCUGUCAUGCUUAAGAUUGGCACAGCUAAUAUCAAAGAAGAUAAAGAAGCCUUUGCCAUUGUCCCYGUGCCACCWUUAGAAGUCCGAGACUUGGAUUUUGCUAAUGAUGCAAGUAAAGUACUGGCUUCCUUUGCCAAGAAACUAGAGACUGGGAACUACACACAGCAUGAACGAAGGUUUGUUACCCAGUUGCUGAUGGACCUAGUGUACUUUGUAACAGAACAUGACAGUAGUGGUGAGGAUAUCCUUAACAUUCUGGUAGAGACACCGAACAGAGAUCGCCAGAAACUGAUGAGAGAGCAAAAUAUACUAAAAGAGAUAUUCAAUCUGUUAAAAGCUCCAUUCAACGACAAGGGCAGUGGUCCUUUAAUGAAGAUAGAGGAACUGGCUGACCAGCGCAAUGCUCCWUUGAGRCACAUCUUUAGGCUCUGUUAUCGUGUUAUGAGACAUUCRCAGCAGGACUAUCGCAAAAACCAGGAAUACAUUGCAAAGCAGUUUGGAUUCAUGCAAGCUCAGAUUGGAUAUGAUAUUCUUGCUGAAGACACAAUCACUGACCUUGUACAUAAUAACAGGAAACUCUUAGAAAAACACAUCACACGAACAGAAAUUGAAACUUUUGUCAGCUUGGUGCGAAAGAAGAAGGAAUGCAGGUUUUUAGAUUACUUGUCUGAUUUAUGUGUAUCAAACCACACUGCCAUCCCAGCAACRCAGGAAUUGAUCUGUAAAACAGUACUCCAUCCAGCAAACUCUGAUCUCCUCAUAGAAACAAGGUUGAUAGAUGGUGAACUGUAUCUGGUUUGGGACUCUGGGAAACAUCUAAAAUCCCAGCGAGACCUUGCUAAAGGAGCUCGAAUGAUGAUCAAAGAAGACAUCAAAAUCCUUGACUACUAUCGUUAUCAACUAAAUCUGUUUUCUCAGAUGUGUCUGGACAGGCAGUAUUUGGCUAUCAACAACAUUAGUAAACAGCUUGAUGUWGACUUGAUACUCAGGUGUAUGGCUGACAAGGAGUUUUCAUGUGAUUUAAGAGCUGCAUUUUGUCGUCUUAUGCUUCACAUGCACAUUGAUCGUGAUCCACAAGAACCUGUCACACCYGUCAAGUAUGCCCGACUAUGGACUGAGAUACCUAAGGGAAUGACCAUAGAUGUCUAUGAUCAGCAUGAAGCUGUUGGGGAAGAACGUGAGGACAUCAGGAAAAGRUUUGAAGGCGUCAUUCAAUUUGUGGAAACUUAUCUGCACAAUAUCAGCAGCAAUGUUUUUGCAUUUAAUGACAAAGAACAGAACAAAUUAACAUUUGAGGUUGUGAAGAUAGCCAGAAACCUAAUCUAUUUUGGUUUCUAUGGGUUCAGUGAUUUAUUAAGACUUACUCARACUUUGUUGUCUAUCCUGGAUUGUGAGCAGCGUGGCUAUGCAGGAAUACAACAUCCUGCUAAAAGYGAUGAAAAUGCUAACAAGAUGGAUGUCACAAAAAGCAUCCAUAGUCUAGGGGCAGCUAUGACAAGGGUUGCCUUUGGUGGGAGCCUAGAUCCAUGGGGGCUCAUUAAGCAUGCUGAUUCWGGUCCCAAAGUGGAGGGGGACACAGACCAUGUUGUCAUGGAAACCAAGCUGAAAGUCAUUGAGAUCUUGGAGUUUAUUAUGAAUGUACGGCUGGACUACAGGAUCUCUAGCUUGCUGACGAUAUUCAAAAAAGACUUUGAUGAAAGUAAUGCAAAUAUUGGUGAAGUUGAUGGUGAUACAGGGAUUGAUCUUGAAAACAUCAGUGCUCAAGCUGAAGCUAUCUUUGGAGGUUCUUUGGGCUCAUCUGAUAUUGACCUUGACCUUGAUGGUCAGGGRGGACGUACCUUCCUAAGAGUACUUCUGUAUUUGUGUAUGCAUGGCUACCCCCCUCUAGUUACAGGUGCAYUACAGCUUCUUAUGAGACAUUUCAGCCAGCGACAAGAAGUCUUACAGGCUUUUAAACAGGUCCAACUUUUGGUGUCUACUAGUGAUGUUGAAAACUACAAACAAAUCAAAACAGAUUUAGAUGAACUGAGACUUCUUGUAGAAAAGUCUGAACUUUGGGUUUAUAAGAGUAAAAAAGAUCUUGUCUCUCCGUCACCGUCAAGCAAAGAAAAGAAAAAAGACAAGAAGAAGGAUAAAAUCAAGGACACGAAGGAUGAAACUAUUGAUAAAGAUAUGCCUCAGAUUGAGAAAAACAACAGAGAGGAUAGUGACUCCGAUGAGUCAAUGCGAAAACGGUUGUCCAGUGACAAUUCUAUUGARCUGGAAGUUGAGCAUUCUGAAUCCAUGACUUUGAAAAACUACAAAAACGUUGAAGCUAUUCUUCAACGACUAAGUUCACUGUGCAUAUCUUAUGGRCCUGACGAUGUCAAGAAGAACCGUAAACAUGAACAGAGGUUGCUGCGCAACAUGGGUGCACAUACUGUAGUCUUAGAACUCUUACAAAUCCCUUAUGCCAAGAAUGAAGAUGUUCGCAUGGAAGACAUCAUGGUCUUGGCCCACCAGUUUCUACAAAACUUCUGUCUUGGCAAUCAACARAACCARUCAUUGCUUCACAAACAUCUAGAACUCUUCCUUACCCCUGGGCUUCAUGAAGCCCAAACACUACGYUACAUAUUCAAAGACAACUCUGCGCUGUGCUACGAGGUUACAGAAAGAGUUGUACAGCACAUUGUACAUUGUAUUGAGUCUCAAGGUCGCCAUGUUGAAUAUCUUAAACUGCUGCAGACUCUAGUCAAAGCAGAAGGACAGUCCAUUAGAAAGACACAGGAUAUUGUCAUGGCAGAGCUGGUUAAUGUUGGCGAGGAAGUGUUGGUAUUCUACAGUGAGACUCAAGCAUUYAACAACUUUAUUGAAAUGAUGCAGUCAGAGAGAGAAAGACUUGAUGAAUCAGGAUCACUUCUUUACCACAUCAACUUAGUUCAGCUUUUGGCUUGUUGUACUGAAGGGAARAAUGUCUACACUGAGAUCAAGUGYCAUAGUUUGCUMCCUCUAGAUGACAUUGUCAGGGUUGUCACUCAUCAUGAUUGUAUCUCUGAGGUAAAGAAUGCGUAUGUGAACUUCCUGAAUCAUUGCUACGUGGAUACUGAAGUCGAGAUGAAAGAAAUCUACACAAGCAACCAUAUAUGGACAUUGUUUGAAGACUUUCUUGUGGACAUGGCCAGAGUUUGCAAUUCAGUUGACCGUCUACAUGUGGAUAGUAUGUUAGAGAAAUAUGUGACUGAAACCAUCAUGAACCUAAUUACAUUCUUCUUCAACUCACCUUUUUCUGAUGCCAGCACAACUAUUAAGGCACGUCAACCAGUAUUUGUCAAACUUCUCCGUGGUGCAUUUAGAGUGUCCCAGUGUUCAUGGUUGUCAGGAUCUCAGAAGUAUCAUGUCGAAGCAUGCAUUAAAGCCCUGUCUGAUAUAGCAAAGACACGUGGGAUUGCUAUACCAGGUGACCUMGAGACUCAGAUCCAGGCCCUUUUUACUCGAUCACAGCUUGUUAUGAAACAUACACGUCAGUGGCUGAGUCAUGGAAGGGGACGACGGGAAUCGACAAUGCACUUGUCACGUGACUACAGAAGUAUCAUUGAAGGACUCCAGGACAUUGUAUCGUUGUUAGAAGAUCAACUUCGACCUCUCAUACAAGCCGAGUCAUCAUUACUGGUUGAUGUGCUGUACAGACCUGAACUAAUGUUUCCUGGUCAUUCAGAGGCCAGGCAGAAAGCAGGAGAUGGUGGUUUUGUUUCUAGGUUAGUAAGUCACACAAAGCAGUUGCUUCAAAACAAUGGAGAAGCACUUUGCAUUUCUGUAUUGCAAACUUUAAGAGCAAUGAUGGCUCGAGAUGCUGACUUUGGUGAAAAGGGUGAAACCCUUAGAGUYUCUUUAUUAAAGCGCUACUAUGGAACCAACUAUUCAAUGUCACGUGAUCAGAAGAAAAUUCCUGCUGCAAACAUCGCUAAAAAAGGGUCACAACUCCCUUCCUGUAACAGUGGCCCUGGUGCUACGUUUCUGUCUCGUUCUGGCGUCACUCUAUUUGAAUUACAGUGCCACCUUGAUGCAUGUGGUCUAUCUGAUUUAAUUGUUGAUUUGAUAACAACAUCACCAAAUCAUCGGAUUUUCCAGGAAGUUAUGGAGGUUGCAAUUGCGUUACUUGAGGGAGGGAACCCUGUUAUCCAGAGAUCUUUUCUCCAUCGCUUCAUGACAGACAAGGACUGUGAGGCUUUCUUUAAGUAUUUGAUGGACAAAAUGACUGAAGCAGAAGCCGAAGUCAAAGCCAAYGUYACKGUGCAAACAUCUGAGAGCACACAAACUGUUCCUAAAAAAACUGAAAAAGAUACCAAAGCUGAUGAUGCAAAAAGAGGAGUAUUUAUAGGUGGAAGAAGGGACACACUAUCAACUAGUUCUUUGACAGGAAUCAGUGAAGAAAUUCGUGAACAGUURGUAGAUGCAGCAUCACACACAGGAAAAGCUUAUGCUGCUGUAAGAAGAAGUAGAGAACCAGAUGCUGACACUGAUGUAUCACAGAGAUUUCCUUCAACAAGUGGGUUUGGCUCAGACCUUGGUUUUCCUGGUAGUGGGUCAGGUAAAGGUGACUCUAAGACAAUGGCRCCAGAGGUCAUUGCUAUGAAACCAAUAUUACGCUUUCUACAACUUCUCUGUGAGAACCACAACAGGGAUCUUCAGAACUACAUUCGUCGACAAGAUAAUAAUAAAACUAACUACAACCUAGUGCAUGAGACCCUGCAAUUUCUGGAYUGUAUUUGUGGUAGCACAUCAGGAGGGCUUGGUCUACUUGGUCUUUAUAUUAAUGAAAACAAUGUUGGAUUAAUCAAUCAGUGUCUAGAUAGCUUGACAGAGUAUUGCCAGGGACCUUGUCAUGAAAACCAGGUAAUUAUUUUAUCUAUAUCAGGGGGGGGGAGUGUGAUGAUCCGUUCGAGCGGGACAUCAUCGAGAGGCUUAUCGAAGAAAUUAGAAAAUGGCGGCUUAUUGGUCUUACUUAACGUUGUGUCAUCACGACUGACAUCACGUUCAUUUGAUUAUCUGAAUUGAUAGAAAUACUUGACAUACUUGUAAAUUAACUUCAAAUACACGUACAUGGUGGAUGUCUGCAAGCAGGCUUACCAUCAAGAAGACUUGUUGGAYGAAGAAGAAACUGAAGUUUCACCUCGUGAUGUUGGACAUAAUAUUUAUAUUCUUGCUACUCUGUUGUCYCAACAAAAUAAAGAGCUUGCUUCRCUCCUCAAAGUUGGCCCACAUGUGGAYUCUGAAGUUGAUGACUUUUCUGGGGAUAGUGCGCUUGACUUUUACGCCAAAAAUACAGCACAGAUUGAGGUUGUUCGGCAAGAUCGUAUAAUGGAACAAAUYGUGUUUCCUGUCCCUCAAAUCUGUGAGUUUUUGACAGAAGAAAGYAAAACAGUGGUGUAUACCACAUGUGAACGAGAUGAUCAAAAUAGCAAGGUGUCUGAUUUCUUUGAUAGAACAGAAGAUUUGUACCAAGAAAUGGAGUGGCAAAAGAAGCUCAGAGAGCAUCGUCUAUUAUUUGGUCUUAGUAGUCGUCUUAGUUUAUGGCAACAGAUAUCUAUCAAUCUGUCAGUGUUAAUCAAUGUUCUUGUUGGGUUCUUUUAUCCYUUCUCUGAUGGACCUGGAGAAUUGGAUCCUCGUCUGUCCGCUCUAGUGUGGCUGGCCAUGCUAGUAUCUUUUGUUAUUAUAGUAACCUUCCCACGACCCUCAGGAAUUAGGACAUUCGUUGGAUCAACUAUAAUUAGGCUCAUCUUUUCUCUUGGUCUUGAACCUACAUUGUAUGUACUUGGAGUUGCAAAUGUCAUCAAUAAAGCUGUUUCAGUGAUAAGUUUUGUGGGUAAUCAUGGAACUUUUCAGUAUGGUUUUCGWCGUAUGCUCACAGACAAAGAACUAGUUUUACAUUUAACAUACUUUGGUUUUGGUGUCCUUGGUCUUACUGUGCAUACUUUCUUUUAUUCAAUUCUUCUACUUGAUGUAAUAUUCCGUGAGGAGACACUGUUGAAUGUSAUACGUAGUGUAACUCGUAAUGGUCGUUCCAUUAUCUUGACUGCACUKCUUGCACUUAUUCUUGUKUACAUGUUUUCUCUUGUGGCAUUCUUGUUUCUUAAAGAUGAUUUUCUGGUAGAAACAGAUCCUCCACAGGCAAUUGCRCAAAUAGGCACUAAUUCUUGUACUGCAGGAAACAAAUCUUGUGAGGAAACAUUCACAGUUAGUAAUCAUUUAAACACCCUAGCUUCCAAAAGUGAAGAGGACAGCAGUUCUGUUAAAGAACGAGCUUGUGAUACACUUAUMAUGUGUAUAGUAACUACAUUAAACCAAGGWUUACGGAAUGGUGGUGGUAUUGGUGAYGUGUUACGACGGCCAUCAAGCACUGAAAAGAUGUUUGCUGGUCGSGUCAUUUAUGAUUUGCUCUUCUUCUUCGUGGUGAUCAUCAUUGUACUAAAUCUCAUUUUYGGUGUCAUUAUUGAUACUUUUGCUGAUUUGAGAAGUGAAAAGCAGACAAAGGAUGAGGUCUURAAAAACACUUGUUUUAUUUGUGGUCUUGACAGAUCAGCUUUCGAUAAUAAAUCUGUUUCGUUUGAGGAGCACAUUAAAAAUCAACACAAUAUGUGGCAUUACCUUUAUUUUAUUGUUUUACUGAAAGUAAAAGAUCCCACAGAAUUUACAGGACCAGAGAGUUAUGCCACACAAAUGAUUAAGGAAAAGAAUCUUGACUGGUUUCCAAGAAUGCAGGCCAUGAGUUUAGCUAUUGAYGAAGGAGAAGGAGAGCAAAAUGAGAUGCGCAUUCUAAAUGACAAACUUGAAAACACUGCCAAAUUAGUUGCGACUCUUUCUCAGCAGCUGAUGGAGCUCAGAGAACAGAUGACAGAACAACGAAAACAAAAGCAGCGAAUUGGUCUUCUAGGCCCCCACAAUGGCAUGCUWCCAAGUUCUGCUAACAAUUUCAAAAUGUGACAUUUGAAUGUAUAAAACAUUAUUUGUUGAACCAUGCAUACAUAAAAUGAUGUACUUGGGCCACAGUUAUUUAAUAAUUAAUCAAAACAAUCGAUAUUUUCAACUGUAUUUUAUGACAAUAGUAAAUUUGGAUGCAUACAUUCAGUAGGAAACAACAAUAUUUUCAUUCUUAAUAUUUACACUAAGCAAAAAUAACACAAGCAAUGAGAWUAUAGCUUGCAACAAGCCAGAGUUCCAAAAAACAGAAAAAUAAAUAUUUCAGAACUCUUCUCUGACCUUCUACUACUGAAAAAUACAAUAUAGAUAGAAAAAUGUACUUGGAAUGCUGGAUUUAAUAGUUGACAAUUGAAAGUAAGUAUUUUACAAAUUAAUACAUGGAAUAUAUUGUGAUCAAGAAACAAUUAUUUAAUAUGGACUUAGUAAUUAGKUAUUACAUUUUAUAGGAAUUAAUAGUCAAAAUAGAUAAUUAUUUGUGCAUUUAAAUAUUAAUUAGUUACAWUAUAAAUUUAUCAAGCAUAUUUUCUUCUACUGAUAUGAUCAUGAUUUUUAUUAGUAUAUCAGGGAAAUGCAAAAUUAAGUUUGCAUCGAAUAGGUAUGGAAUAUUUUUGAUUUGCUGUCAAUUGUGAGGUGAUUAUUUAUAAGUAAGGUUUUUUGAUAUAUUGCUUUACUGUGAAGAGAUAUUGUAARAAUGUGGUUCGCACAAUAAAAUAUGAAAGAAAUGGCA